UCAAGCGCGUAUCCAAUCGUCGAUGACAUCCGAGAUUUUUCAAAUUUGAACCACAAAAUCGAUUCAACUGUCGUUGUUUAACCUUUGGGAGAAAACUCGGCUGAGGGUUUCGACUAAAGGUCCAGACGUGUUGAAAAAUUGUUCAAUCGUUUGUCUCCCAAAUUAUUUUUUUUCAUCGAAUCCUUAUUGUACUCCAAAGCGCGAGAAACAAAGGAUUUCACAAUGUUUACACCGAUCAAGGGUUAUGGAGUGUUCAGUGACACAAUAUUAAAUACACCUCAACCGCAAGCAUCAUCGACAGUUCGAAGAAAAAGCCCAUUGGAAAGCAAAUUUAGCAAUAAACCGUGCAAAGAUGAACAAAAUGUACCACAUGAAAAGGAGCUGGCGCAGAAGGAACAAGACUCCUCGUUAGGUCUUCUGUGUGACAUGUCAAUUCUCACAAACAUGAGUGUAACAGGGAAUGAGCAAAAGAAUUCCACAAAUAUGGAUGCACAGCUUGAAUAUGCCAGGAGACUUCUUCAGAAAUGCAGUGACACAAAAAGUUCUUUAACCAUAGAUACAAAUAAAGAAAAUAAUGCUAAUGUACAAAAUAUAACAGGCAACUUGUCUGUUUCAAAUUUUAUUUUGUCAAAUGAAUCAGAUCAGGAGUGCAACAUUAAUCGCUUGACAAAUGAAGUCGGUGAAACUAAUGUUACUUUUGAUCCUAAUGAAAUAACGGCACGGUCAUCUGAGUGUCAGAUGAAUGUCAACAAUAGUGCAAAAAAGCAGUUUCUUUUAAGUAAAUCUUUCAAUGGCAUGAGCUUUAGUACAGACGAAAUAAUGGCACAAGUAAAUAACGAUAUUAUGAAACAACUCAAUAAUGAGGACUUUUUAUCUGGAUCAAAAAUAGAUGAACAAUUAUCAAUUGAUGAAGCACUUUGGCAACAAGAUCGUACAUAUGGUAUGCCAGGCAUGAGUACAAAUAAGCAGGAAUUAGAUCUCACUUCCUUUUCUGGUAUUAUUGGACAACUAGAUUUAACAGUAGAAUCUUGUGCUGGACAGAAACUAUCUAUUGGCCAAUAUUUUGAACGUAAAUCUGCUGAUAUAGGAAUAUUAGGGAAUGAUAAACAAGUAAGACAAAAUUUUGAUUUUACUUUGGAAAGUCCCAAAAGAAAUAACUUGGAACCAUUAGUUGAAUCGACUAUCUUGCCAAAUGCAACAGCAACAUUAUCUACAGAAUCAAAAGAGGAACAUACAUUCAUUGCAAAUGCAACAAGGAACAUGAAUAAAGAUAAUAUUAUAAGUUUAAGCACUAUUCUUGAUACUUUACAAAACGUUGAUAGCGGUACGCCACGGCGAUUAGUUGAUCAGAUAUUAAUGGUACAGAAAAAGAAGAAGAAUAGUUUAAUAAUGCAAAACAAUGCAAUACAAAAAACUUACGUAUUGCCUUCCGAUAGAAAGUCUAUGCUAGCAACGCCUACUGGGAACUUCAGUAAAUUUGAUGAAAACAUUCUAGAGAAUCUUUCAGUCAAGUUAUCACUAGAUAGUAAAACUAAAGACAUAAUUAAAAGUGAAACCAUUAAAGAUGAAACUGUUAAUGUAAAGCAAGAGCGUUCAAGAGUAUUGUCAUUUGCUUCAAAUGAAAAUACGAAUGCAGUUGAAUCUUUCACAAAUAUAUCUAAAGGAAAAAUGUUAAAAGAGGAAGCAAGUGAUAAGAGUGCAACUUCUUUAUUUAAUCAAGAUGCAGGAAUACAAGCAUCCAAUUCUACGUUGUUACAAAAUUUUAAAUUAUCCAAUGACAAAUUUACAUUAUUAUCCCAUGUACCGUCUAAAGUGGAUUUAGAAAAUUAUGAUGAAAGUUACAAUGAUUUGAAUAUACAAAGAAAAGAAUCUGGUGUUUCUAAUAACAUGAUGGAUAAUCGAAUAUUUUCUAUGAAUAUUAAUACAGAAAUGCAACCUAAUUUAAACAGUAAUGUUGUUAUCGGGAAGAAUACAGAACAAUUGUGCAAUUGCAUCAUUGGCAUGACGAAUGAAGUUAAUAUUGAACUUCUAAAUCAUGGAGACAGAUGGAUCACAUAUUCCUUAAAAUUAAACGAAGUGCUAGGAGAUAUGCAGAGCAUUGAAUUCAAUAUACCUCAAGAUGAAAUUUUAUUAAAGCCUAAUGGGGCACAAUCUACAAAAAUCAAAGUAAAAGUGAUACAAAUGUGCAAACAAAUAUUUGUAGCCUUAAAUAUAAUCUUAAUAGAUAUGGUAACAAAAUCGAAAUGGUGUAUGAAGCACAUGAUCUGUGUUAAUCCAGAACAACUUGAACUUGAGAUUAUAUGCGACUCUCAUAAAGAGGAACUCGAUUUUCAACAUAUUACAAAGAAUUCAACAAAGAGCCUACCUAUAAUAUUUCAUAACAAAAACAGUAUUGAUGUGCCUAUUAAGCUUUCUAUAUUACAUGAUGGACCAAAAAUGUUUAGCAUUGAUGAUAUUUUCGAUAAAUCAGUAGAGCUACAUGAAUCUCACGACGAACUUAAUCUAAUAUUAAAAUCUCACGAAAAGUUUACUGCUAAUAUAAAAUGUAAACAAUCUACAGAGAUAGAUUCUCCACAAAAACAACUACAGUAUUGGAAGAGCAAACUAAUUAUACAUGUACAAUGUAAGGAUAACACCAUUCUACUUCAGAAAGAAGUGCCCCUUUAUGCACAGAUGGGUAUCUGUAAAAUUCAACUCGUCGAUACAGAACUACCUAUAAUUGUUUCAAGACAGCAAGGCAAAUUGCUAAAUAUUGUUAAUUCGGGGAAUGUGGCGACGCAUGUAUCCGCCACUAUCGUGCCUGUUGAAGAGUAUCCCAACGCAGCACAGAAUUUUACUGUAGAACCGGAUAAUAUGUUCUUACAAGUUGGAGAAAGGAGCUCAUUCUUAAUUGUAUAUAAACCACAAGUUACAAAUUCUCUAGAUAAUGAAAGAUGUGCAAAGAUCAAAUUAAUUGCUGGUAACAAUGUUUAUCUUUAUAUUGUAAAUAUUGAACAAAUAUUAGAAUUAGAAAAGGAAAAUUAUUUACGUUGUCAUACACCCAGUAAUGCUGUAUCUCUAAGUCCUGCAACAUCACCACAAAGCGUAACUUCUAGUGGAUCCGGACUUUGUGAUAGAAAUUCACCAAUCAGUACAGUAUCUGGUGUAACUGUAACAGGAAAUACAAUUCCAAUCAAAUCGACACAUGCAGCUCUUAUAUGGAAUAGUGUAAAAACAGGAAAAAGUGAUAUUAAAGAAUUUACAAUUCGUAACACGAGUAAUAAUAAGAUUAAAAUUCAGAUAGAUAUAUGGGAUGAUAACAAAAGUUUUAAGUUUCUUGGAGAUAGACAAACUGUCAGUACAAGCAUAGUAUUGGCAAUGCAUCGUCAAGAGCUUAAAACACUUGCUGUUAGUUUUAGUCCAUAUCAUAUAGGUCCAGUAACUGGAAAAAUCACUAUCAAACAUUAUACAAGAAAUGGUAGUGAUUCUCAGCAACACAAAAAAAUACCUUUGUAUGGAUAUGGUGGGUAUAGUAAGAUAAAAAUUUCAAAUAUAUUUAAAGAUGCAAAUGGGAAGAUGGGAUUAUUAUCACUUGGUACUUUGUAUUCUGAGACAACAGUCUUGACUAAAGAGAUUAUACUACAAAAUAUCGGAGACUUACAAUUAUUUGCUAAAAUCAAAAUUAUACCAAAAGAUAUUUCUGUAACAAUGUAUUCUAAUUGGCAUGUAAAGCCCAAAGAAUUGAUUCUUAAUCCUAAAGAGACUCAACGGGUAUUAAUAGAAUUCUACCCCAAAAAAGAAGAUUUUGCGAAAUUACAAUGUUCAGAGGUAUCACAUGUUGCAACAGUAAACGUCAUGUAUGGGGAUGAACCAACCCGCUGGCGAAUACGCAGAUUGUAUAAUAAAAUAAAAGAAUCAGAUAAUUCAACUGAAAAUGAAAAUGAUGUGUUAAAAAAUAUUGUGCAUUCUAUAUGUAAAACUUUCCCUGGGGAACAACUAGCUUCUGGUUUAUUAUCAAUUAGAGAUUCCAUUCAAAACUUGAAUGAUCUUUGCACCGGAGUUCAUCAGUAUGAAAUAAUGCUUACUGUGGAAGCAUGUACUGACGAUACUUUGCCUGUUCAUUGCGAUGCUGAUGAAUCACAGCUGUUCUAUACUUUGAGCGAUACUACCCAAAUAGAUAGUGGAGAUGGAGCAAGUUUUUAUGCUUCUCAAACUAUGGCAGACUAUGACACUCGGCGUCCCAGAUCAUCGGGAGAACAAUUCACUGUAACUCCAUCCACCAUUAUUCUUCAUCCUCCAGUAGAAAAUGAGGCGACUGUGACUAUUCUUAGCUUAUUUAAAGCAGCCGAGGCAUUCCAAACCAGUCUGUCAAAUUCGACUUAUUUCAGUGUUGUUCCUACAGAAGGAAUGUUACCGAGCAGAAGAAGCUUUCCCUUGAAGAUACAAUGUUCGCAAAGGAUAGAACAUAAUAUGCAAGCUAUACUUGAGAUUUAUACAGAGAAUAAUAAACAGGAUGUGUUGAUUAAAGCCAUAAGACGACCGUAGUUUAGAU